CACGCAGGCUGUACGCACCCAAACUUACAACUUACGCACCACAAAAUCUAUAAAACAAAAACACUUACCUUUCUACUCUUCACACUCUUCUUGAAAAAACCUUCCUUGAUCAACGACACAACAAUGGAAGCUCCAAAUUUGAGUUCCCAAACCAACUGGAAAAUAACCUCCGGCACUCUCCAUAACACUCUCACCUUCCAAUCAUCUCUCUCUUUCUCCGACGAAGACGAUACCGAAUCUCUUCCUCUUCUCCUACACUCUCCCUCACCAGAUUCCGCCCCUUGCGAAAUCACAAUUAAUUUUGCGGAGAAACAUGAGGUGAGACAAAUCUACGUUCGAAGUACUGCUCGAGUGUAUGAGAUUUAUACUGCACCUGAUCUGAAAACAAAUAAUGAGUAUCUUUGUACGGUUCGUUGUGGUGUUGCUACUAGAGAUGGUGAAAUUCUUCGUUCUCGAUGUGUUAAUGAAAUUGGUGAUGAUAAUGUUAGAAAUGAAGAUGAUUGGGUUGAAGUUAAAGUUGUUGAUGGUAAUUCGCAAACAAAACCCUACAUCAAUUUAACUAGUAAUGCUCAGGAUCUUUUUGAAGCCACAGCUGAGAUUAAUGACGCGAAUCCUUGCAUUUCUGUUUCAAUUCGUCUGCUCUCGCUUCAGAGCAAAGGCAGCGUUUGUGUGGAUGAGAUUUAUGUGUUCGGCGAUCCUGUUGAUUCAGAAAUCCAAGAAACCCAUAACGAAAACUCAUCCAACAGUUCUCUGAUGGCUAUGCUUCUUCCGACUUUAAUGCAAGUUUCCAAGACAACUGGUCUCAGCAGUCUAAAUGCUGUUAGAAAGGAAAAACAAUUUGUUUUGGAGGAUGAUUUGAAAGAAAAUCAGAUGAAAGGAAAGGAUAUCAUAACUGAUCUUCAUGCUGAAUUGAAAGAGGGUCCAUCCCAGCCAGAUACACUCUCACAAGCUGCUAAAAUGGAGAGAAACUGUGCUGCUGUACCCUCACAAGCUGCUAAAAUGGUGAGCAACCGUGAUGCUGUAUCCUCACAAGCUGCUCAAUUGGACAGCAAUUGCAGAGCUAUACCCUCAAAAAUUGCUGAAGCGGAAAACUAUCAUCAUGCUGUUCCCUCACAAGCUUCUAUCAAUCAAGGUGAUUUUUCGGGUGGUAAUGUUGAAAGGGUCCUGGAAAAGCUUAUGUCACGAAUGGACAGGAUAGAAGAAAUCUGUUUGGGCUUUCAAGAGAAAAUGAUAAUGCCCAUGAACCAGAUUGAUGCUAGACUCCAGCGAGUUGAGCAGCAACUUGAGACGUUGUCUAUGAAAUGGAAAAACUCUGAAUUGCCAUCAUGUCAUAGAAUAUCUGCUCCUGAUGCUUCUUGUAUUGAGUCAGAUACCAACUAUUGUGAGAAUUGUCUUGAUUGUACAGUCACCGGGGAAAUUGAAUCAGAUAAGAAAUCUUUACAUACUGAGGUACUAAAUGUCUCUGCUCCAGAUGACUCUCCUCAAGAUAUGUCUGAUUCUGAAAAUACCACUCAAUUGCUCCCAGGUCUUGUAGUUACAGCCCCUGAGUUUCCUGACGGCGAGGAUGAAGAAGAUAAUGAAUCAGAACAAGAAAUUAGUCCUUCGAAUGAUAAAGCAAAACCGUCAAUUGAUGAUGCUUUAUCUUCUGCAUUAGCUAAUUUUUUGUCGUCUUCUCUGUCAUCAGAGUUUACAAUGUAUACCAAAAGUCUACAUGUUAAAGCCCCUGAGUUUACAUAUGAAGAUGAUGACCACGAAAGCAAUAAUGAGACAGUGAAAAAUGACUCAGUGUAUCCCACAGACAACGAUAAAUUGACAGUGAAGAAUGACUCAAUGCAUUACACAGAAGGAGAUCAAGUGUUGGCUUUGUCGGCUAAUUCAUUGGAAAUCGGAGAGAAUGUAAAAAAUGAUUCUAAUGAUAAAAGCUCUGAAAAGACUAUGCCGGAAGCUGAACAGUGUGAUUUUUUAUGCAGUGCACAAGGAGAUCAAGAUGAGGUGUGUGUUGAAAGUACUUUAGCUGAACCUAGUCUAAGAAUGGAUUUUAACGACAACGUUGAAGAUGACAAAAAUGGUGAAAUCACUGAUAAGGAAAGGGAUGUUUUCUCGUCCGAUAUAAGUAACAUUCCAAAUGAGGUUGUAGAUAGUCAGAAACCCAGUGAUUAUACAUUUGAGCCCCCCAAAAACACCUUCCAUGACAACAUCAUAGAGAAUGUUCUUGGAUUUUCACUUGCUUCCCAUGCAGUAGAUUUUGAAAUUCCAUUAUUGGAUGUGAAAUUUGAUUCUCAGACAAGUCCUAUAACCGACGGUUUCCUUGAAUCCCUUCUGGAUGAGACACCAGAAACCAGCUCAAGAGAUCCAUCUGUCAAGGAAAUCAGUGAGGAUCUUUCCAUUAAGGAACAACUUAAAGGCAAUGGUGAUCUUUCAAUUGAGGAGCACUCUAACUUAAUUUCAGUCGACGAAUAUGAACCGGUGAAUCCAGCUAGCAAUCCCUAUUUUGUACCGGUUGAAGACUUGUGUGCUUCAAUAACUGAACUGAACCUGUGAACAUUAAGGGUGAUACUCUGGCAGAAGAUCAUAAACGCAAGCGUGAGGCUUAGUCCCGUCACAGUUCAUGGAUCUUGAUCUGUUAGCCAUUAUGAUAGAAUUGCUGUUUUCAUGAAUGUGAUCUAUGUGCUCCCUUAUUUUCAACAGUCAAUAGGAAGUUCUUUACUUAGAGAGCUAAGAGAAGUAACUUUGUAGAAACAUGUUUCAGCUGCUCCUUGUUUAUAUCGGCGCAGUUGCAUGGAGACUGUAAAUAGUCUAGACCAGUAGCUCGGUGUGAAAUUACUUUUACUUGCAUUAACAUGUUAAGAGUGAUGAGAAACCGAUGUUUUUUUUGGUGGG